GGGGGCAGGACCUGGGGGGGCCGGUGGAUGAUCUUCAGGCCUGGGAUUCGGGGAGUCCGAGGGAGUGGCCUCAGCAGAGAUGUCAGGACCCUCAGUGACCGUGACCGUCACCUACAACAAUGAAAAACACAAUAUUCAAGUUGUAGCACAGCAAGGAAACGGUGAACCAACCCUUCAGGACAUGGCUCUUCUUAUUGAACAAGUUACUGGAGUUCCACUUGCUUUCCAGAAAUUAAUAUAUAAAGGAAAGUCUCUAAAAGAAAUGGAACAGCCAUUGUCAGCACUUGGAGUGAAAAAUGGUUGCAGAGUGAUGUUGAUUGGGAAAAAGAACAGUCCAGAGGAAGAGGCUGAAUUAAAGAAAUUAAGAGACUUGGAGAAGUCAGUGGAGAAGAUUGCUGAUCAACUAGUAGGUGUUAAUGAAGAACUUGCUGGUAUCCAGAAGGGUUUUCUAGCCAAGGACUUGCGAGCUGAAGCUCUCAGCAAACUUGACAAGAGAGUAAAAGGAACUGUUGAGCAGUUUAUGAAGAUCUUGGAACAGAUUGACUCAUUAACUCUUCCAGAAACUUUCAGAGACUGUAGACUGAAACGAAAGGGAUUGGUGAAAAAGGUUCAGGCCUUUCUAGCUCAAUGUGACACCGUUGAAAGAAGUAUUGGACAAGAAACGGAUAAGCUGAAAUCAAAAAAUCUAGCCCUGGCUGAAUGAGAGUUCUGUAUAAAUUAGAGGGUAUGAUUGCUCUGAACACAAAGAAAAGUUUACUCUAUUUUGUAACACAUGCCUGCCUUUAUUUUUAGAUCAUGCCUGGUUUUACUGGUACCCACUGGGAAUUGUUUUCUAAAUAUCAGAUUUAUUCCUCAAACCCAUUCUCCAUAGGUCCUUGAAUUGUUUUUUGAGUGUCCUGAUCCCAUAAAUGAAUGCUUUUACUCUACAUAGUUAUCCCUUUUCAAGUCUCUAGGUGGCAACAACAUUACAGGACAAUGGGAGAAAGCUUUUUUUCCAAAACUGAAUAUAAAUCAGAGAUGGCUGUUUGUGUCCUUUGUGGGAUCAGUGGAAGCUUUCCUUUGUCUCCUAUUAGCCUCAUGCUCAACAGGGGAGGUACUGACUAGAUCAUACCGAAACACUAAUUAACUCCUACACUCCCACGUAGAUGACUGAAAAACAGCUCAUUAAUAAAAGUCACAUGAGUGGGCCUAACAAGUUAAACCAGGUGUUUGAUGCCGUGUAGGUUGUUGAAUCACAAGCUGACUCCCUUUUAACAUUUUCAGUGGGCUUUGUUGGUGUUCUAUAUAUACCACUGAUAAAGCAUUAGGAAUUGUCAUUCCACAUGGCCCUGGCACAGUGAACAAAUGGAUUUUGAGAGCCAAUCGUUGCACAGAGGCCAAUCCCCUGGUUCCAAAAGGGAAUUUGGGAGAGGGUAGAGAAUGUAGUAUGAUGACCUUUGGAGCUAAAAAAGGAAAAAUUGGGCAGGUACUAAGAAACACAAAAUUCUCAGAAGCAGGCAACAUGUAUUUUCCUCAAGGACAUCUAUUUUGUUUCAAUCUCUAUCUUUUGUGAUAUGUUUUCUUCACUUCUCAUUAUAUUAUUAUUAUUUUUUAUUAUUAUUAUUAUUAAAAUACAAAUUUAAACAACAGGCCAAACAAACAUCUGGGAGUUUUCCUUAUUUAAAAAUAAAUCAGUAAUCAUUGUAUAUAUAUA